GUGAUUGAGGAAGUGUAAGUUUGCAGCAGUCACGCAGCUCUGUGGCAGGAGCAGAUGUCAACAGAAGGAGCAGCAAAAAUGUGUGCCCAGCAAUGAGUCUCUUUGAGAAGAAACGGGGGGGAGCAACUACCUCUGAAACCCUUACACCUGGAGAACCUGAAAGUGAUCUCAAGAAGGGUUUGAAGGUAUCCAGUGGUCAGUCUCCCACGCUUAAAAAAUUUGAACUGGAGUCCAUAUUUACGACACUUGAGGAGAGAAUUGUCACUUUUGUGAAGAAGGAGCUGCAGAGUUUACAGAGGGCACUGAGUACAGAUGAUCCAAAAAACUUGGAGACAAAACAGAAGCAUGUGGCUGGGGUGUUUGUUGAGGAUGAAGAGCAGAGGAGCAAAGAGGCCUUUCUGAAGAUCACACAGCACUUCCUGAGGGAUAUGGAUCAGGAGGAUCUGGCUGUCUCUCUCCAAAAAAACCUCGCCAUAUGCCAGCAUCAACUCAAAACUAAUCUGAGGCACAAAUUUGUUCACUGGAGAGGGAAUGCUGGAGAUGGAAAACCAACACUUCAGACCUACACAGAACUUAACAUGACAGUUGGAGACAGUGGAAAACCAUUGAACAUUGAACAUGAGGUCCUACAGAUUGAAACUGCAUCCAGAAAUAAAAGUCCAGAAACCUCGAUCAGAUGUGAUGACAUCUUUAGACACUUCCCUGGAAAAGAUCAACCAAACCGAACAGUGAUGACAUAUGGAGUGACUGGCAUUGGAAAAACAGUUUCAACUCACAAGUUUAUUGUGGAUUGGGCUGAAGAAAAAGUCAACCAAGACAUAGACUUUAUAUUUCCAUUCACAUUCCAGGAGCUGAAUCUGCUAAAAGGACAAAAGCACAGCAUGGUGACACUCCUGCAUGAUUUCUUCAGCGAAACCAAGGAAGCAGGAAUAUACAGAUUUGACAGUUUCCGAGUUCUGUUCAUCUUUGACGGACUGGAUGAGUGCCGACUCCCUUUGGACUUUGACAUGACCGAGAUUGUGACUGAUGUAACCGAGCCGACCUCAGUGGACGUGCUGCUGACAAACCUGAUCAGAGGGAAACUGCUUCCCUCUGCACGCAUCUGGAUAACCACACGACCUGCAGCAGCCAGUCAGAUCCCUCGAAGUUUUGUUGACAUGGUGACACAGAUAAGAGGUUUCACUGAUCCACAAAAGGAGGAGUACUUCAGCAAAAGAUUUAGCGAUGAGAACCUGGCCAGCAGAAUCAUCUGCCACAUCAAGACUUCACCAUCGCUUCACAUCAUGUGCCACAUCCCAGCCUUCUGUGAUGUCAUUGGUACAGUUAUUGAGAAUGGGAAUCGAGAGCUGCCCAAGACUCUGACUGAGGUUUAUAUCCACUUUCUGCUGGGUCAGAAUAAACUGCUCCACCUCAAAUAUGACAUGCAUGAUGACAAAUACCCCAUCUGGAACAAAAGAACAAAGAAGAUGAUUCUGACCCUUGGAAAACUGGCUUUUGAGCAGCUGAAGGAGGGCAAUCUGAUCUUCUAUGAAGCAGACCUGGAGAAGUGUGGAAUUGAUAUCAGAGAAGCCUCAGUGUACUCAGGAGUGUUCACACAAGUCUAUAGAGAGGAGACAGGGCUGUACCAGGACAAGGUGUUCAGCUUUGUCCAUUUGUUCAUCCAGGAGUUUCUAGCUGCUCUUUAUGUCUUCUUGAUCUUCAACACCUCUGGUGUUAAUCUUUUGUCAGACACACAAACCACCUCGUGGUUGUCUACUAUAUUCAGGCAUAAGCUUGGCGCAAAAGACCUCUACCAGAGUGCUGUGGACAAGGCCUUAGCAUCUCCAAAUGGACAUCUGGACUUGUUUCUACGCUUCCUUCUUGGCCUUUCAGUGGAGACCAAUCAGAAUCUCCUUCGUGGUCUGCUGACACCAAGGGCAAAUAGCUCAGAGACCACCAUUAGGAAAACAGUCGAGUACAUCAAGGCGAAAAUUGGGGAGAACACAGAGACAGAGAGAAACAUUAAUCUGUUUCACUGCUUGAAUGAGAUGAAUGACCGUUCGCUGAUAGAGGAGAUCCAACACUAUUUGAGACGGGGGAGUCUCCCCAUUGACCAACUCUCUCCUGCUCAAUUGUCAGCUCUGGUCUUUGUCACAUUGUCAUCAGAAGAAGAACUGGAUGUGUUUGACCUGAAGAAAUACUCUGCUUCAGAGGAGGGUCUGUUGAGGCUCCUGCCUUUGGUCAGAGCCUCCAGGAAAUCUCUGUUAAGUGGCUGUAAGCUGACUAAGAGAAGCUGCAAAGCUUUGGCCUCAGCUCUCAGUUCCCGAUCUAGUAAUCUAAAGGAGCUUGACCUGAGUAACAACGACCUGGAGGAUUCAGGAGUGGAGAUGAUUGCUGCUGGUCUGGAGAGUCCAAACUGCAGACUUGAAACUCUCAGGUUAAAUGGCUGUAACCUGACAGAGAGAAGCUGCAGAACUUUGGCCUCAGCUGCCAGUUCCUGGUCUAGUAAUCUGAAGGAGCUCGAACUGAGUAACAACGACCUCGGGGAUUCAGGAGUGGAGAUGAUCGCUGUUAGUCUGAAGACUCCAAACUGCAGACUUGAAACUCUCAGGUUAAAUGGCUGUAAGCUGACUAAGAGAAGCUGCAAAGCUUUGGCCUCAGCUCUCAGUUCCCGAUCUAGUAAUCUAAAGGAGCUUGACCUGAGUAACAACGACCUGGGGGAUUCAGGAGCGGAGAUGAUUGCUGCUGGUCUGGAGAGUCCAAACUGCAGACUUGAAACUCUCAGGUUAAAUGGCUGUAACCUGACAGAGAGAAGCUGCAGAACUUUGGCCUCAGCUGUCAGUUCCUGGUCUAGUAAUCUGAAGGAGCUCGAACUGAGUAACAACGACCUAGGGGAUUCAGGAGUGGAGAUGAUCGCUGUUAGUCUGAAGACUCCAAACUGCAGACUUGAAACUCUCAGGUUAAAUGGCUGUGAGCUGACAGAGAGAAGCUGUAAAGUAUUGGCCUCAGCUCUCCGUUCCGGAUCUGGUAAUCUGAAGGAUCUUGAACUGAGUGACAACAACCUGAGGGAUUUAGGAGUGGAGAUGAUCGCCAAUGAACUGAAGCAUCCAAGCUGUAAACUUGAAACUCUCAGACUGUCAGGUUGUCUGAUCACAGAGGAAGGCUGUAAUGCUCUGGCUUCUGCCCUGGUAUCAAACCCCUCCCAUCUAAGAGAGCUGGAUCUGAGAAACAAUCAUCGAGGACAUUCAGCAAUAAAAGUGCUCCUUGCCGGACGGAAGGAUCCAAACUGGAGACUGGAAACUCUCAAGGUUGACUAUUACGCAGGGAAGAGUUUGGAGGUCGGUCAGAGAGAGUGUCCUUCUGGAAACGUGGAGCUUGAAUCUUCUAGCAGUGCUAUUGCCUCCACUGAUUGGACUAAACUCAAACCUGUGGUCAACACAGUGGAUGAGGUUCAAACCUACAGCCUCCAGUCCGACGCAGGUUGCUUUGAAUGCAGCGUGUCUUCGUUGCGCUGGGUUUGUAAGGAAAAGGUCAGCCUCCAAUACCAGUUCUGCUCAUGGGAGGAACACAGGCACAGGCCUUCAUGUGCAGAUUACAUGCCAGCAGGACCGCUAAUAGACAUCACAGUCACAGCUGGAAAGUUAGAGGAGGUGCAACUGCCACAUUGGAUAGAUCACAACCCCAAAAUGUCAGACAGCUUUGCAGUUCUACAUGUGGAAUCCUGUGGAGAUUCUGUGGAACGAGUGUCUGAAGUGACAUCGUCCCACAUCAAGUUGCUGCAGCCCACUUUCUCACCAAUUGGUGUCAUGAUCCGGCAGUUACUUGGCUUCCCUGUGAACGUUUUCUAUGACGUGUUGAUAUACAAGAAAAUCCAAACUGCCCUCAAUCUCUAUGUUUACCUGGUGCCACCUGAUCCUGCUCUGCAAAAGGCAGUGGAAAAAGAGCAAAACUCUGUUGGAUCAAUUAAACUGCUAAAACCAGGCCCAGACAAGUCCAUGGUAUUAGGAGAUAACUUAUCUCUCAAAACAGACAAGGCGGGUGCACACAUUCAACCCCCGACACGAGAGCUCCGAUACGAUAGCAGAAAUUUAUUUGAGGUGUUCCUCAGAAAUGCAGAUGGCGACUUCACCCUCAAGCUUAAAAGUGAGCAAAACACUAUCUGGAGCUGUUCUAUUUUCAAAGAAGACUACCAAACUCAAAGCACUGAUCAUAAACAAGGUCAGCAUUUCGUGGAUCAACAUCGGAGAGCUCUGAUUAACAGAGUGAGUGUAACAGCCCCCAUCCUUGACGAGCUCAUGGAGAGGGAGUUGAUCUCAAAGGAGACCUACAAUGAUGUCAAAGCCUUAGCAACCACACAAGACCAGAUGAGGAAAAUUCUGGGGGUUUUGAACACAGCAAUAGCAAAAGACGGCCUCAAUGAAAUCCUGAAAGGGAUGACGAGUAUGAAGCACCUUAUCAGUGAGCUUGAGGCAUCUGGAUAAAGAAGCAAAAUGUAGUAAAAUGUGCUGCAGCUUUGGACACUAUAGUGCCCCUUUUCGACCAAAGCAAUUUCAGGGCCGGUUCGGAGCUGGUGCUAGUGCUGGUUCACAGUUGGUUCAACUUGUGAACCAGCUCUGAACUGUUUGCUUCUCCACAGGCUCUAGAGCCACGUCAUUACGUCACUGUUAAUGUCUGUGUAUGUCUCCACCCUCUCAGCAAGAACAAUAACAGGCAACGGUCACUACAACACAUCUGUGCUGCUCAUCCCUCAGACGCCAAAUACAUUCUGAUUAACACUGAACAUAAGAUGUUAAUGUUGGACUUAAGUUAACACUAGCCCGCUACGAUUAGCACCCGAGCAACCGUCUGCUAACGUUAGCACGCUAGCUCACACGUAUCAAUCACAUUUCAGUUAAACAAAUCAAUAAUAAAUGAAUGAUAUAUGUUUUUGUUGGUCUCUCACAUAGACUGUAUAUAAAUAAUGGACGUAGUCACCGUGACGUCACCCAUUGGGUGCCCGGUGGGGAUUGACGCCGGGCAGAGGACAAAGCAAAACCGUGGCGGAGCUGGUCCAUGGCCGUUCCACGCCCGGUGGAAAUCCCCAGUAACAGUGAAAGGCGUCGAGCUCUACGUCUCAAACUAGACUUUUCUCCUCUGUAGUUCCCCCAAACUCAGUAAGUGAGGCAUAAGACUAAGUCUCAAUCUUCAAAAAGUGACUAAAGACCCAGCUCAACACACACUCAUAAUUUACGUAGUUGAAAGAAAAGGGAAAAAAGUACUAUUUGCACCGUCUGAUAGCACCUAUGUCCAUUUGGGCUCAAACUGAACCCAUGUGCUGCCUUUUGACUUGAUCUUUGCUUGUAUUGUAUGAACUCUCAAAUGUACGUUGCUUUGUAUAAAAGCGUCUGCUAAAUGACAUUGUUAUAUUGUAACAAAAUGUAUUUUUAUAAUUUCAUUUUUUUUCAAUACUUUCUUUCAUGUAAAUAUUCAUGUUUUACAUCCAACAAGAUGUGUCAAACAAACCCAAUGCAAUUGUAAAGAGAAGAGCACCCUUUGGUGCAUUUUCCAGGAUGCAGAUUCUGUUGUAUAAAUGUUUUAAACGUAUGUGACAGUUCUAAAGCUUGAAAAAGCAAAUAUGUCAUUAAACAAUGUAAGUAUGUGAGGAACACUGUACUGUUCUGGACUAAAGACUUUGAAAAUGUGAGAUAUUUUAUGAUUAAUGACGAGACUGAAUGUUUGUUU